CCCAAAGUACCCUGUCAAGUUUCGUAGCCUCGCCUUUCUUUUUCAUUCUGCAUUCUAUCUUUUCUCUAGGUCAACGUACAUUUGAAAACAGCAUAUUUAGUGCGGCGAUUCUCUAGAUAAGGGGCAAGGUUUGUCAAGGCUUCGCAUUACGUCGCCAUAGAGGUCGUCACCUCGACCGUCACUCUGAUUGGCCUACCUCUCCCUUGCGUCACACCCAGUAUUUCUACAUCGAUACAUUUAAGGUUACGUUUGGUACCUUGGUAACAAAGAAGGAAGCUUUUGUAUUUGCUACUGAAGGAUAUACCGUAAUCUCUGCCUCGUCCUACAUCGUUCGAUCCCGCCGCGCGGCGGACCUGCCUCCUACCACGCAACCGAAAUGGCCGACUCUGACGGUGAUUACCACGCAGACGAUGCCUCCGAAGAUGAGUUCGGGGACCACCAAGUUUCCUCUCGCUCGGGGCUCUCCUCCCGUUUAGAUUCGCGCACAGACAAGCCAAAGAAAGGCGGCCGGAAAGCAGGCAGGGCUGCAUGGGAAGAUCUCCAACGGUCGUGGGACGUGGUAGUCGAGGGCGAGGACGGGACACUUGCAGGCACUAUCGAGGGCCUUGCCGAGGCACAGAAGCGAGCGCGACUAUUGAAGGACACAACGCCGUUACAACGCGGUAUCAUACGGCAUCUCGUAUUAGUCUUGGACAUGUCCUUCGCGAUGCUCGAGAAGGACCUACUGCCCACGCGCCACCAGCUGAGCAUGGCUUACGCCUCGGAAUUUGUGCGCGAGUAUUUCGAGCAAAACCCCAUUUCACAACUCGCUGUUAUCGGCAUGCGCGACGGCAUCGCGGUACGGAUAAGCGACAUGAGCGGAAAUCCAGGCGACCAUCUCGAGAAGCUCCAGAGCUGGGUCAAGCAAGAUCCACAGGGCAACCCGAGUCUACAGAACGCUCUCGAAAUGUGUCGCGGAGCUCUCUUUCACACACCUACCCACGGCACGCGCGAGGUUCUGAUAGUAUACGGUGCGCUAAUGUCAAGCGACCCGGGCGACAUCCACGACACGCUGCAAUCCCUCAUAAAGGAUCGCAUACGGGUGUCUAUUGUAGGGUUAGCAGCACAGGUCGCUAUCUGCGAGGAGUUGUGCUCGAAGACCAAUGGGGGCGACACUUCGAGCUACAACAUUGCUCUCCACGAGCAAAACUUCCGAGAUCUAUUACUAGAAGUCACAACGCCACCCGUCACACGCACCAAAGAGCAGAGCAAUGCUAGCCUGCUCAUGAUGGGAUUCCCGUCGCGCACGCUCGCCGCGCCCGACACCACCAACUACUGCGCCUGCCACCACAGGCCCACCCGCGAGGGUUACGGGUGCACGCGGUGCGGCACCCGCGUCUGUCGGCUACCCGCGGAGUGUCCUGGCUGCGGGCUGACGUUGAUCCUCUCCACCCACCUGGCGCGAUCCUACCACCACUUAUUCCCGUUGCGGAACUGGGUCGAGGUCCCCUGGAGCGAGGCGAGAUUGUCCAAGGUGUGCCACGCGUGUCUGACGCCCUUUCCGGAGCGAAGUGGUGCUGCUGCCAAUGCCAAAGGAGGACCAACACAAGAUAAUAAACCAGAUCGACCGCCUGUGAAGGGCCUUAGCGAGUCUGGGCGCUACGCAUGCGAGGUCUGCGACAACCAUUUUUGCAUCGACUGUGAUUUGUUCGCGCACGAGGUACUGCAUAAUUGCCCGGGGUGCCAGAGCGAUACGCGAGGGAGGGCAAGCGUCGCGCAAAACGGCGAGGCGAAUGGUUCGGCGAUGGAAAUUGAUUCUUGACCUGCCAGUUUCGUCAGUUCUCGAGAACGACUCUGGGACACGAGUUACGCCACGUUCACGCCACGCCAUACAUCGCGGAGAGAAGUGGAUGAUUCUUCAGCGAUUGUUUGUGUAGAGCAAAGCUGUAUUUGGAUGGGAUACAUAACAGCCAAAAAAGAAACUGAAAGCAUUUUACGGCAUCGGGGCAUCAUUGUAGGCGUUCAGGGGGUCAAGCGGAUUAUGAAACUUAGCUAACUAUUUCUGCUAAUUUAUUCUUCACGAUUGAUUUCGGAAGAAAAGGGAAAGAGGGGGGGAGAGGAAAGAAAAUUGAUUUCGGAAGUAAAUUACACAUUUAUAUUCAUGGCACUGGAAAUCAGUGGGAUCGAUGUAUUGGAGAGCUUCACUGGUAAUUGAUUGCAUGGCGGCUGUUUUUUUGUAAUUUAGUUUGGGCAUGGGAAAUGGAUAGGUAGGUAGGUAGGUAGGUAGAUGGCGAUGAAGAAAAGUAUCGUGUCAUCAUCGCCUUUGAGAUUGAGAGUAUUGUCG